AUGACAUCUCUAGGUACGCUUAAGGUGAUUCAUUAGUAAUAGAACCUAACAUAGAUUGUAGAUGAAACUUGGUACACUGAUUGAACAAGUCAAGAAGAUGGUAAAAAAGUAAUAAAAAGUGGGGGUCACCGUGCUCGUUUUGACGUGAAAAUGAUGACAAAUAGGGCUAUUUGGGAGCAUUUACAAAAACCGCGGGCAGCCAAAACUAGACAAAAAGGAGAUAUUUUUUAGAUGAUGCUUGUGGUAUCCCACAGAAUUUGACUUUAAUGUACGGUUUAUCCACUUACGUACCAGAAAAAUGCUUUUGUUUUUACUUUACGCUCUAAAGUGGAAUUAAAUUAGACACGCGCUAUUCGACCCUUGAUAGCUCAAUCGGUACAAUUUAGUAAAAUUGCCAAAAAACUAAACAUAGAUUUGUGCCAAUUUUUUUCUCAUCGAAAGGAAGCACUGUCCUUAUUAAAAUCAUGAAAUAAAAAAUGGGGGUCACCGUACUCGUUUUUGCGGUAGAGUUGCAGAAAGUGCGUACCAAAUGCAUUUUCUCCGAUUUUUGAGAGAGGACUGGGGCGAGUUUCAAAUAGAAUGCAUGGUAAAGGGAGAAGAAAGUAUUAAAAAAUCCGUUUUUACAUAAUUUACAUCGAGAUAUUACAUUAAGGACACAAUGUGAUAAAGAAAGCGUUUAAAUGAAAAUCAAAGUGAGUAAGCACAAGUUAAACAUCCACUAUCGAGGUUCUCCGUGAGGAAGUCGAACUCAUUAACACGCGUACUGCUUACGUUAUGCACAUUCCCAACACAUUGAGUCUUUCCUGGACAAGAAACAACAGCAAGUAAAAAUUCCAAUAGCGUUUCUCUUCAGUCGACUUCAUUUUAAUAAUGUUACUUCACAUGCUCUUUUUUACGGAGGCCAUCUUGUUAUGCGCAGUAAGAGAUGCGCAAUGCAAAACUAGGGAAUCACCUUAACCUACAACCUGUAAGUUAGUAACCAACCCCACCGUCUAUUCUGCUUUUAUGCCCUAUUUAAUUUUUGAUCGCUUGUAGAUGACUUUGCUAGGUGAGAUUUAGAGUAUAAGCCGAUUUAUUUGUACUUGCUGUAGGUUCAUCUCUCCAGUGGGCUGAUAACGUUAGACAAAGGGUACGAGCAGCUAAACGAUACUUAAAAGCUGAUUACAAACUUCAUGUGUUGGAGGAAAGUCCCUGUGCUGAUCACUGUAUACGAUUCGCCCUAUCAUCCGAUGAUGUCCAGUACAAAACGGCCUGUGACCAUGAACACACUAUGCAGUGUGAUCGAUGUUUAGACUGUGCUAACGUAGCUCACGACAUCAUUGCUGGACUAGACAGUGGUGAUAUUUCGUUUAGGUAAAAAAUACAGUUGCAUACUAUUAGACAUAUGCCAAAAAUUUAUGACUUUAAGGAAAACGCGACCCGCGCUUUUUGUUGCAAACAUUAAGGUUGGUACCUUUGUCCCUAGCGUCUGUUACACGGGAAAAAAGAAACAACGACAUCAAGAACAAACAAACAAAAAAGUAGAAGUUUGUCGCUUACGACAAGUGCCUUAACCUUUGUCUAAGGCUUUCUUCAUUGUACGAUAUAUUGUUAACAGCCAAUGCACAAGACAAGUGAAAAAGCGCGAACAAUUAGUAUUCAUUCCCUUUCCAUUCUUCCCUGUACUCAUCUCUCUUGGUGAAAUCUCCAAAAGAGCAUUUUCUGUAACGUUGUCAUUAUUUCAAAAUCAAUUUUUUUUUCAGUUACCAGGAACAGAAAGAAGAGCUCAAAUAUGACAUCGAGAAAGCCACUGAAAGAAUUAUGGACUGGAAAUCGCACAUAGUGAGAGCUACCAAUCAAGAAAAAGCCAAAAUAAACAUUCUUGAUAAUCUUACUGAGCGGCAGGUGCUAGUGGUGAUGGAUUGGGCCAUGAAAUGGCUCCCAAGAAGCUCAGUACAGAGAAACCCAGGCAGAAUGGUUUGGGAAAAAAGGAGUCAGUUGGCAUGUGUCGGCCUGCAUAACAAGACCUGAUAACGAGGAAGCGGAGUUUGACGUAAACAAAUUUGCUUUCUGAUUCUAAUUAUCUUUAAACUUCAAAGCACGUCACUUGAAUUGAUUUGUCAGAAAAAAAUCAGUUUCAUUCCUUACGAACAAGCCAUAAACGCACGUGUAAUGCUUUUUUUUUUCGUGCUAGCUGCUCUAUAGAGGCAUAGUUUUUGCGGAAGAUGAAGUGAAAGAUACAUAUUUUUUGCCCCAGUUCGUUGGAGUGCAUGUAAAACAAACAGACAUGUGCUCCGUAUGUGGACGGAAACGCAGAUCUAGUGAAGUGUUGUACGUGAGACAACGGGAAUCAAUGGCAGAUCUAGGGGGAGGCUGGGUCCUUGGGGACUCGGGCAACCACCUUCUUCUUAGGUCAAACUGAGGCCGCAAGGCCGACAUGAUAUAUAAGUUCUGGAUAAGCAGAGACUCUCUGCUAAGUUGAAGGUGUGAAUCCGCUAGUGAAAAUACAGGUCCACUCAGGUUUAAGUUUGAACCGUGGGCGCAUGUUUCCCCCACCCACGCUUAUAAAUAUACCGCUGGUUACAUGUAACUUUUCAUGAAUUAGCACCCUGUUUAGAGGAGAGCGAGAGAGAAUUUACGUCAUUUCACUCGGAAAUAUGACAAGAUCGGGGUUCCUGGGUCUUCUUGUUUUUUUUUUCUGAGUUGUCGUUACUCGAGGUGAGCCGGGAGACAAUGAAGGCGUUUGUAAUCGAUAGGCUACAGUUGGCGUUACAUUAAAAAUUUUUAAUGGUCAUUUUGUUACAAUCUUUUUGUAUUUUUUUCUUUCCAAAGGUUCGGACUUUCGUUCACAUUCUUGAUAAAGGCAACCAAGAUUGGUUUGCAGUCUUAUCAAUUCUGGAAGACCUUGUUCAGCAGCUUAAGCGGUUGUCCCCACUUCUGAAAGAACUAUUUUUACGAAGUGACAACGCUGGCUGCUAUCACAACGCUGCGUUACUUAUCAGUGCGCCAACCAUUACAAGAACAGGGGGGUUGGCGCUUAAGAAUUACAGCUUCAGUGAGGCGAACAGCGGGAAAGAUGUCUGCGACAGAAAGAUCGCACCCCUCAAAGCACACAUCGGAAGAUAUCUUAAUGAAGGUGACAAAUAGUUUCAGGGCUAUUAAAAAUUAAUAAGAGGCUGUAAAAAUAGUAAAGUUAUUUGCAUUUCCGAAGACCACAAAAAGUCCGACGAGCAACAAAAAACGUUUUGCGUUUUAAUUGGCCCGCCAACGGUUCACAGCACCCUUCUUUUCACAGUUUUUACGGAUAAUUCUGUCUUGUUUUAGGUCACGAUGUUAUAACAGCGCGUCAAUUAAAGGAAGCUAUUGACUCCUAUGGGGGAAUAAAGGGCUGUCGAGCAUCAGUGAUUGAAUUAGACACAAGAAAGCAAACAACUAACGCGCCCAAGUUAAGUGGUAUUAGCCAGUUAAACAACUUCGAAUAUACUGAAGAUGGUGGAAUGACUGUCUCGAAGGCGUUUAAAGUUGGAGAAGGUAGGAAAAUUUCCAAACAAGAGCUUGCUAAGGUGGGCCAGCCACAGAGUGAGACAGGGGUGAAAGUAAUAUUGCCUUUUUGUGAUCCAGUUAACGCUACCGGGUUGUUAAAGAAAGCUUCGACGCGGCCGCCUGGUGACCAAGCCCAACAGACCGUCGUUUCUCCUACAAAUGACGAGGGCAUUCCUUGGUUCACUUGCCCCGAACAGGGCUGUAUCAAGACGUUCAGAACAAAUCAAACCCUUCAGAGACACUUGGACUUUGGCCGCCAUGAGAUUAAACUCCACGAAGAGUCACAAUAUGACCAGAUCAGACACAAAUGGGCUGAGCAUUGCUCAAGUUUGAAACCACAAAAUCCCUCCUGUGCCUUAAAAGCCAGUUCGUCCUUUGGAGUAACGGAAGAAAAUGUUUUGUCUAUGGGGUGGGCGUAG